UUGACAACAGUCGUCGAGUUUGACGUUUUGAUGACGGAUUUGUUAUUGGGGGCGUAGUGAUAUCAUUAAUUUUUAUCACUGAAAUUAAGGAAAACACCGUAUUUAUUAGCAAAAUAUACACAAUGUCCUCUCCUCCUCCUACCAAACCCCCUCGGGGGGUCAAACAAGGAAAAGAAACAAGUGGUUUGCUGAUGUCAGUGAUCCGCACUCUCUCAGCAAGUGAAACAAAUGAACAGCGGGAGAAAGAGCGCGCCAAACUCGAGAAGGAGUACAAGAAGAGUGAUGCAAGACUUGAUGAGCUGGUGGAACAACAUGCACAGGAGAUCAUGGAUGUUAUGCAGAAAUUUGGCGCGGUUACAACAGCACUGUCAGUGUGGGGCCAGCACUGCGACGCGGUGGUCGCGCGACUCGGCGCGUGUCGCGGCUUGCUGCGGCUGCGGAGAGAUGAUCUGAGGAGACUGUGGGCGGAUGCUCGUACCCAUCAUUAUGCGCUACAGAUGUUGACUGAUAUUGAACGCGUAGUAGUAUCAGAGCGAGAAACCCGCGAGUCGCUGUCGGCGGGCCGCGUGCUCGCCGCCGCGCACACACUGAAGGCAGCUCUCGACACCGCCGACACUACGCUGUCGCAUGUCGACGCUCUCAACACUACGAGGCAGCAUUUACAGCAAAAGAAACGCGAGUUAGUGGAGGUGAUAGUCCGUCGCGUGAGUGAGGCGGUGUACCGCGACGAGCGGGCGCCGCUCACACGACGCGUGUCCGCGCGACGACGUACUGCGCUCUUACUGGCAGAAUUAACAAAAAGCGAAGAGGUAACGGAUGCAUACUUACAAGAAGUGACUCCGGAGUUCGAAGCCUCGUUGUCGGAGGAAGAUAAAACGUUUGAGACUACGGUCAUGAUAUCGCUUGAGGCUUUAGGCGUUUUGGAGCAGUUGAAAGAAGCCACUGAGAAAUUCAAAGUCCAAAUACAGAACGAACUUCUAGAAGUAAUAGACUCAGUUUCCCGCCGUAUAAUAGAGGAAGGCGAGGUUGAAGCUGAUGCUGAGCUAGACGAGGACGGAGAGAUGCCCGACAGCGAGGGAGUGACAGAGACGGGGAGACCGCUCGCGAGACUGGUUACGAGUUUAGGGGAGGAGUUUAGAGCUUGCGCUACUAGGAAUAAAAGAUUGUUACAACUAUGGAGAGCUUCGCUGCAGAAGUAUCGGCUGCCGGACACCUGUCUGCAUACUGAACAACAUUACUGGAGUGCUGUGCAACAAGUGCUACAACUGCUGCUAACAGAGUACCUAGAGAUAGAGAGUGUGAACUUAGCGGCACAACGUUCCGUCGCCGCAGUGACCGACACUACGGAGCUGCGGCUUGCAGACUAUUUCGCUAAGAAACGACCGCAGAGACGACGACCUAAACUGUUCAAGCUUUCAGGUCCCCCGGCGGUAUCGCCGAGCUUGUCAGCAAGACGUCACAACUACCCGCUGGUGUGUCGGCCGGAUCCCGCACACUUGCAUGCAGUGUUGCCAGCCUUGCAUCCUCUGUGUGCUCACAUCGAACCUGUUACUGGGGGCGGGGAGUGUUCUCUCCGCGCGUUCAUCACGGACUACGUGCGCUGCGGCGAGUCCGAGCGCCUCGCGUCCGCCGCCAGGCUGCACAUAGACGACGCCAUGCGGGCACCCAGCGCCUGGCGGGAGCGGGCGCCGCACCAGGGACCUGGGUCUCGUCAGCGCACAAUCUUCACAUGUUGCGGUACUGGGUGGCGAGCUGUCGCGGACACAGCGCUAGCCGCGCGUCGCUGCGGCGCGUGCGGCGGCUUGGAGGCUCUGCGCGCGACUGGCGCCGCCCUCGCCGCGCUCGCCACGCACUGCCGGGCGGCGCAUGCGCGGCUCUGUCCUACUACUGCACAAGGUACAGUGUGUCGGCACGUGCGGCGGCUUGGAGGCUCUGCGCGCGACUGGCGCCGCCCUCGCCGCGCUCGCCACGCACUGCCGGGCGGCGCAUGCGCGGCUCUGUCCUACUACUGCACAAGGUACAGUGUGUCGGCACGUGCGGCGGCUUGGAGGCUCUGCGCGCGACUGGCGCCGCCCUCGCCGCGCUCGCCACGCACUGCCGGGCGAUGCGCGGCUCUGUCCUACUACUGCACAAGGUACAGUGUGUCGGCACGUGCGGCGGCUUGGAGGCUCUGCGCGCGACUGGCGCCGCCCUCGCCGCGCUCGCCACGCACUGCCGGGCGGCGCAUGCGCGGCUCUGUCCUACUACUGCACAAGGUACAGUGUGUCGGCACGUGCGCCCAAGCCGAGCCUCGCGAAAUAAGUCACGAGCUGCCAUCAAGACCACCAAGAGCUCAAAAGUGGUUGGCCGAUGACGACAUCGUAAGAUUCCUACAGUCACUACCCAACUGGACUGCUGCUAUACAACAGGAUGCGAAGCUUAACGCUGACGAUUUAAAGCAAGCAUAUGAACGUGAAGCAGAGAUCCUAGGUUCGAGUCUCGGUGAUGGCGCCGUCACUCGCAAGGAAAUCAUUUCUGAUAUCAACGCGCUUGCUGAUCUAGCUGUGUUAUGUGAGACUAUGGACUGGCUAAGCACCAACAUCAGGGGUCUGCCAUCAGUGCUGGGAGGUCCGGGAGGCCUCACGAAGCUUUCUGACAAGUUCCUCAACGAUUUAUCCUCAGCCGCCAUGAUAUUCGACGAGAUAGCACAUAAGUGUUUACUGUUUCUUCAUUUAGAGUUACGCAUCGAAUGCUUCCACUACCUGGGUCAAGAGGACCGCGUGGACGGCGCGGAUGACACUCAGAGCGAUGGAUCGCCGGCGGGCGGGGCGGCGUUGUUAGCACAUGCGUUACUGACUUUCCAUGAACAUGCUGCACCUGUGUUGGCGCCGCAUAGACUUACCUACGUGCUAGCGGGUCUGGGUGAGAUGAUGUCGGCAGGCGUGGUGUGGCGCUGGCAGGGCGAGGCGGGGGCUCGAGGCGACAACGCGCGCCUCGCCACGCUGCGACACUGCCUCGCGGCUCUCUCGCUGCCUCACCGCGGCCUGCACCGAGCUCACGCGUAUUUACACCUACUGACUUGCACGCCACAGGAAAUAAUAACAUCAGUUCGCGAGAAAGGCGCUCAAUUCACGGAGCUAGAAUACUUAAACGCUUUCAAAGUGAUAGAAACUCGUCGAGGAAUAUCACCCACAGAUAUGAAGAUGCAUUUGAAGCAACUAUCUGCCGCAUUGGGCCAUGUGGGCGUCACUGUGUAGACUGAAUUAUUUAAAAAAAGGUUUAGUCUUUGUAUGAAAACUUUUUGGUUCAUAUUUAUGGCAGAUAGAUUGUGUAGAGUGCAGUAUAUGCAGUAAUUUAAUAAAGAAUCGAUAAAAAAAUUGGAAGAUGGAUUCUAAUAUUAUUAAGGGGUCUACACACCAAAGCCGCUGACCCGGCGGCACAGCCCGACGGCUUAGUGCCGGCGGGUUAACCCGGUGGCUUCAGAAUGUCCAAGCCGAACGACUUUGCCGGCGGCACGACAGCCGCGGCAUAUGGUGUUCUAAUAAUUGUCAAAUACUCUAUGAAAGCCGGCGGGCAACUGACUGAGUGAGUGGAGAGGGAUGCCGGCGGCAUCGGCAUGCUGCCCCGCCGGCUUGCCCGCGCGGGCGCAAGCCGGCGGCAUGAUUGUACAAAAUAAGGCCCGCGGGUUGGGCCGCCGAGCUGUGCCGCCGGCAUCAGCGGCUUUGGUGUGUUGACCCCUUUAUGUUCUAUUAAAAUUAUAAGUUGUAUUUUUUUUUACUAAGUAAUAAGCUUGGCGUGCCUUAGCAGUGUUAUUUACAAGAAAGUAUUUAAAAAGACAGUUAUAAAUGUAUUAUUUUAACUUAUUUCACGCAGAAUGUAAUAUUGUCAUGUAUAAUUUAUUAGUUGUAAGUGCAAUUAUGUAUUAUUUGCAUUAAAAUUAUUAUUUACACA